AUGGAGUACCAAGCACAAUCCCGCUACGGACACUGCGAGUCAUACUUUGUCGAGGCGCACGAUGACGGCAUCUAUGCUAUGCGAGCCGAAGCUAGGGAGCGCCAGCGGGCAAUUGCCAGGAUGCAGCAGCGAGCCCUUGGCGAGGAGCUGUCGAGGCUGACUGCUGAUGAAUAUCAAGAGGAUAUCAUGGAACACAUGAUACACAUGGAGUCACAAACCCUGCCUGACGUCAAUUCAAUUGACAUCCAGACAGAGAUCCAGUGGUUCAUGCGCCCUUACCUUCUUGACUUUUUGGUCGAAGCCCACGCCGCCUUCCAGCUACUUCCAGAGACACUAUUCCUCGCUGUCAAUCUUCUUGACCGCUACUGCUCUCGUCGCGUAGUCUACAAGCGUCAUUACCAACUGGUCGGCUGCGCGGCCCUCCUCAUUGCUGCCAAGUACGGUGACAAGAAGGAUCGUGUACCUACUGUACGGGAACUCAAGUCUAUGUGCUGCUCCCUCUACGACGACGAAAUGUUUACCCAAAUGGAGUGGCACGUUCUCCAAACCCUCAACUGGGUCAUCGGACACACUACCGUGGAUGCUUUCCUCCAAAUCGCCCUUGCAGAGGCCCCGUAUGAUGCUGAAGUGGAGCACAUGACCUUGUACAUUGCUGAGAUUGCCCUUUUUCAAAAGGAAUUCGUUUCCACCCGACCAUCAGUCCUUGCAAGAUCCGCACUCGCUCUGGCGAGAUGUGUUCUAUCCCGACCGCAAGCACGGACUUCUGAAUGGGCCGGUGCUUACGAUCCGCAGACGGUAAUCGGGCUAUCCAACCACUUGUAUCAGCCGUCUCCUGUAUUGUCUCGCAAGUAUGCGUCGCUACAUCUCUCGAAUGUGUCUGCUAUUGUUGAUGAGUUCCUGCAACGACAAGCGCAGAUUGCCCGACGACAAGCUGCUCCACCUACACCGCCACCAACAGUUACUUUGGAAGCGCCACAGCCUGUAUCAGAAGCGUAUGGACCUCAAACGCCCCAGAAGAACCCUUAUGGGGCUGCUAUGGUGCAAAAUGGAUGCCUCACACCACCCAUCACACCUGAGAGCGAACAAUUCGGACACGCCAAUGUUGUCAAGUCACAGCCGGUCCCCAUGUAUCCGUCUACGCCCACACCGGAGCACUCAUUGAAUAUGCAGCAUCAAAGCCAAUACUUCCACAACACCUAUCUCCACCCUCAGCACAUGUAA